AUGACGAGUGCUCGUUCCAUCGGUCGGAAAGCCUUUCAAGGUAUUGCUGUGGGCAUCGGCCUCGUAUCGGAGGGUAUAUCGGCACACAAGGCAAAGAAGCAGAACCAACCAGCCCAAGAGCCCACAGAAAUCACCACAGAGACGGAACUUAACUCAGAGGAGGAGCGUUUGAUUCAUGAGUUCCCCACUCCAGCAAAUGGAACAUCUGAGCACCCAAUCAGAGCCUUAGAAGAGCAAUGGGCUCUAGAUGAAGCCCAAGAGGAGCUUCGACAUGACCCCGAGGAGCAGACCAGCUCUCCUCCCCAAUAUACGGAAGUUGAUGAGGCCAACCUUGCACAUCAGUUUGCAUAUGCUCACCCAGCGCCGCCGCCAUACACCGUCAACGGGCAUCUGCCACAGCCACGACUAUCAGCCCCAGUUGUUUUGCCCCAGCGUCGGCCAAAGACCCGUGAUCGUGGUUUCAUUCGAGCAUAUGCCCCUGCUCUGGCCGACUGUGGGAUCGACCAGACCAUGUUCAUUGAAUUUCUCAACACUGCCGAGAAGGCCUGCCGAGCUACCCCUUGGCUCCAGGCAAUCAAUUUAGCCUCCAUUGGAACCAUCUGGCUGCCCUCCGUGACUGGCAUUGCCGUUUCGAUUGCCAUUCAGAUCGCCACCGACAUUGCGAUUGCGGUAGAUGGCCGUCGAAAAACAAACUCGUUUUUCGACCAAGUCAAUAAAGAGUUCUUUCAGCCUCGUGGUCUGUAUUGUCUUAUUAUGACAUGGAACCCUGAGCUGGCUGAUGCAGCAUCCACAACGGUCGAUCUCAAUUCGUUGAUCUCGCAGGCCGCUGGCAGUGGUAGCUCUGGUACGCUGGAACGCCUUCGACACAAGUUCAAGUCCUCUGACGGCAAGGGCUAUGGCAACAUCUUUCCAGAGGUAGCGCCUCUGGUUUUCCCCGAGAUCGAUCAAUUGGCAUCCGACCCAAACGCGGAGAAGAAGCUGUCCAAAAUGAAGAAGAAGGGCCAGUUCGUGAGCAGCUACAUGGACAAGAGAGCCCAGGCCAAGUUUAUUGCCAAGAACCCGGACAGUCAUUUGAUCCAGGGUCCCAGACCUACCUUCACCUCCCGAUAUGCCGAUCCAAACCAUCCGGCUAGCAGUGGUGACCCACUUGCCUUGGUCACUGGUGGGAAAUUAAGCAUGGAGAAGCUGCAGAGGUUGAAGAAUGAACAACUUCGUGGGGGGCGUGGUUACUGCAAUGGAUACCAGAAUGAUGGGUCUAUGCGGACACAAUCUGCUUCUAACCCGGCACCACAUGCGCCGGUCGGUCGUUCAGUCGGGUUGAGAGACGUCAUCGCCCAAGCGAGGGAGUUCAGGAGCCCGCAGAGCUCCACACAGUCUUUCUCAAGGGAUGAGCCAUACUCCGGAGGUCGAAGCUUCCUUGCCAGAGGAUCUACAACGGGCCAGAGAGAUAAUCAUGGUCUUUUGACGCCAAUUGCAAAACUCAUGAAGAAGGAAGUGCUUUAUCUGGCUAUUGUCAACAUGCCAUCGGAGGAUGAGAUGAACCGAGCACACGAGGCUGUGCGCCAGAUGGUUUGA